UUGCAGACCAACAGUGGGGGUGACUGCACCGUCCGACCGUCUGUCCGUCUGUCGGAGGGCCGCUGUUGCCGCAGGAGGACCCCAUCUCUGCGGCUCCGGGGAGACUGAGGCCCUCAAGGACCCGCGGAAGCAGCCUGGACCCUGACGGGGUUGCCCCCGACACAGCCUGACUCCCUGCGAGACCCUUGGUCCUCUGUCCUCCCCGCUCUCCCUCCCCAGCUGCCCGUGGUGCUGAGGCCCGGAGCCCCCAUGGCCACCCUGAGCAGAGCCUUGCGCGUGGCUGCCACGUGCCCUCGCCGGACCCUGACCGGUGCAGCCGGCCCCACGGCCGAGAAGAACGUGCCGUACCAGCGGACCCUGAAGGAGGCUCCCAGCCCCUCGGGGGAGGCGCGAGGCCCUAGCCGGCCCCUGCCCAGCACAGCCAAUGUCGUGGUCAUUGGCGGGGGCAGCCUGGGCUGCCAGACCCUGUACCACCUGGCCAAGCUGGGCGUGGGCGGGGCUGUGCUGUUGGAGCGAGACCGGCUGACGUCGGGGACCACCUGGCACACGGCAGGCCUGUUGUGGCAGCUGCGGCCCAGCGACGUGGAGGUGGAGCUGCUGGCGCACACGCGGCGAGUGGUCAGCCUAGAACUGCCCGAGGAGACCGGGCUGCACACGGGCUGGAUCCAGAACGGGGGCCUCUUCAUCGCGUCCAGCCGGCAGCGCCUGGACGAGUACAAGCGGCUCAUGUCGCUGGGCAAGGCCUACGGCGUGGAGUCCCACGUGCUGAGCCCCGCGGAGACCAAGGCCCUGUACCCACUCAUGAACGUGGAUGACAUCUGCGGAACCCUGUACGUGCCCCAUGACGGCACCAUGGACCCAGCGGGCACCUGCACCACCCUCACCAGGGCGGCCACUGCCCGGGGAGCACAGGUCAUCGAGAACUGCCCCGUGACGGGCAUCCGUGUGCGGACGGAUGACUUCGGGGUGCGGCGGGUUGCGGCCGUAGAGACGGAGCACGGUUCCAUCCAGACGCCGUGCGUGGUCAACUGUGCAGGGGUGUGGGCCAGCACCGUGGGCCGCAUGGCGGGGGUCAAGGUCCCGCUGGUGGCCAUGCAGCACGCCUAUGUCGUCACGGAGCGCAUCGAGGGCAUCCAGAACAUGCCCAACGUGCGUGACCACGACGCCUCCGUCUACCUCCGGCUCCAGGGCGAUGCGCUGUCCGUGGGCGGCUACGAGACCAACCCCAUCUUCUGCGAGCCGGUGUCGGACAAGUUUGCCUUCGGCCUCUUCGACCUGGACUGGGACGUGUUUGCCCAGCACAUCGACGGCGCCGUGCGCCGGGUGCCCGUGCUGGAGAAGACGGGCAUCAAGUCCACCGUGUGCGGCCCUGAGUCCUUCACGCCAGACCACAAGCCCCUGAUGGGGGAGGCCCCUGAGCUCCGCGGCUUCUUCCUGGGCUGCGGCUUCAACAGCGCAGGAAUGAUGCUGGGUGGCGGCUGUGGGCAGGAGCUGGCUCACUGGGUCGUCCACGGGCGCCCCGAGAAGGACAUGUACGGCUACGACAUCAGGCGCUUCCAUCAAACGCUCACGGACCACGGCCGCUGGGUGCGCGAACGCAGCCACGAGUCCUACGCCAAGAACUACUCGGUCGUCUUCCCCCACGACGAGCCGCUGGCCGGCCGCAACAUGAGGAGAGGCCCCCUGCACGAGGAGCUCCUCGCCCAGGGCUGCGUGUUCCAGGAGCGGCAUGGCUGGGAGCGGCCGGGAUGGUUCAGCCCCCGAGGGGCAGCUCCAGUCCUCGACUAUGACUACUAUGGGGCCUACGGACACCAGGCGCACGGGGACCACGCCUACGGCAGGCUGCUGGCGCAAGAGUACACAUUCGACUUCCCGCCCCACCAUGACGUGAUCAAGGAGGAGUGCCUGGCCUGCCGGGGCGCCGCCGCCGUGUUCGACAUGUCCUACUUCGGCAAGUUCUUCCUGCUGGGGCCGGACGCCGCCAAGGCUGCCGACUGGCUCUUCUCUGCCGACGUCCGCCGGCCGCCAGGCUCCACUGUGUACACCUGCAUGCUGAACGCCCGCGGUGGCACCGAGAGCGACCUGACUGUCAGCUGCCUGGCCCCCGGCUCCGAGGCCUCCCCGCUGGCCCCGGCCUUUGAAGGGCAUGGCUACUACCUGGCCGUGGGCGGGGCCGUGGCCCAGCACAACUGGUCCCACAUCACCACGGUGCUGCAGGACCAGAAGCUCCGCUGCCAGCUCGUCGACAGCUCCGCGGACCUGGGCCUGCUCAGCAUCCAGGGCCCAGCCAGCCGGGCCAUUCUUCAGGAGGUGCUGGACACGGACCUGAGCAACGAGGCCUUCCCCUUCUCCACCCACAAGCUGGUGAGAGCUGCCGGGCACCUGGUCCGGGCCGUGCGCCUGUCCUUUGUGGGGGAGUUGGGCUGGGAGCUGCACGUCCCCCAGGCCUCCUGCGUGCCCGUGUACCGGGCCGUGAUGGCGGCGGGAGCCAAGCGCGGCCUGGUCAACGCCGGGUACCGCGCCAUCGACUCCCUGAGCGCCGAGAAAGGCUACCGGCACUGGCACGCGGACCUGCGGACGGAUGACACCCCCCUGGAAGCCGGCCUGGCCUUCACCUGCAAGCUCAAGUCGCCCGUGGGCUUCCUGGGCCGUGAGGCCCUGCAGGAGCAGCGGGCCGCAGGCCUGCGCCGGCGCCUGGUGUGCUUCACCGUGGAGGAGAAGGUGCCGCUGUUCGGCCUGGAGGCCAUCUGGAGGAGCGGCCGGGUGGUGGGCCACGUCCGGAGGGCCGACUUUGGGUUCGCCAUCGACAAGACCAUCGCCUAUGGCUACAUCCGCGAGCCCGGCGGCGGCCCCGUCUCGCUGGACUUCGUGAAGAGUGGAGACUACGCCCUGGAGAGGAUGGGGGUCUCCUACGCCGCCCAGGCCCACCUGAAAUCCCCCUUCGACCCCGACAACAAGCGGGUGAAAGGCAUCUACUGAGGGUGCCCGUGGGGCCCAGCUGCCCGUCCCGUCUCAUGGAGCCCACGCAGGCCUGGCUCCCGGGAUGGGAUCCGGGCCUGUGGGUGUCUUGGGGCCCGGCCCCCUUCUUGGAAGGUGCUCAGUAAACCUUGUAUGCCCGCAGGGGCACAGGGCC